AUGUGUCUCACCAUCGUGUGUCUCACCUUCGUGUACCUCACCUUCGUCAGCCUCACCUUCGUGUGUCUCACAUUCGUGGGCCACUCCUUCAUGUGCCUCACGUUCGUGGGUUUCACCUUCGUGUGCCUCAACUUCGUGUGUCUGACCUUCGUGAGUCUCACCUUCGUGUGUCUCACCUUCGUGUGCCUCACCAUCGUAUGCCUCAACUUUGUGUGUCUCACCUUCACGUGUCUCACAUUCGUGUGCCUCACCUUCGUGUGCCUCACUUUCGUGUGUCUCACCUUCGUAUGUCUCACCAUCGUAUGCCUCAACUUUGUGUGUCUCACCUUCACGUGUCUCACCUUCAUAUGCCUGACCUUCGAGUGCCUCACCUUCGUGGACGUCACCUUCAUGUGCCUCACCUUCGUGAGCCUCACCUUCGUCGGCCUCACCUUCGUGGGCCUCCCCUUCAUGUGUCUCACCUUCGUGUGUCUCACCUUCGUGUGUCUCACCUUCGCGUGUCUCACCUUCAUGUGCCUGGCCCUCGAGUGCCUCACCUUCGUGGGCAUCACUUUCGUGGGCCUCACCGUCGUGGACGUCACCUUCGUGUGCCUCACCUUCGGGUGUUUCACCUUCGUGUGUCUCAUCUUCGUGUGCCUCACCUUUGUGUUCCUCAACUUCAUGUGCCUCACCUUCUGCCUCAUCUUCCUGCUCCUCACCUUCGUGUGCCUCACCUUCUUGUGGAUAACCUUCAUGUGUCUCAUCUUCGUGUGCCUCACCUUCGUGUGCCUCUCAUUCGUGGGCCUCCUCUUCGUGGGCUUCACCUUCGAGUGCCUCACCUUCAUGUGCCUCAACUUUGUGUGCCUCACCUUCGUGUGUCUCACCUUCGUGUGUCUCACCUUCGUGUGUCUCACCUUCGUGUGGCUCACUUUCGUGUGCCUCACCUUCGUGUGUCUUUGCUGUCCACGUGUGCGGACAGCACAAGUUCUUUGCUGUCUUUGGAGUAGGACAGCAAAGAACUGA